AUGGCUUUGGCUGGGUUCCAGCACCCGGUGACGACUUUGGUUGAGGUCUACUAUGGCUUCGGAAGAUCCCUCAGUGGGGGGGUGAAGCCCUACGAGGCCAUUCCAAGGGAUGGAGCCAACCGGUGGCUCAACCUCUACCGGCUCUGGAGGGAUGGAGGCUUCCAGCACUUCCACCACCACAUGGAGAAGACCUUCCGGAAGCUGGGGCCCAUCUACAGGGACCGAGUGGGCUCCUACGAGUGCGUGAACGUCCUGCUGCCACGGGACGCGGCCCAGCUCUUCAGGGCAGAGGGCACCUUCCCGCGCCGCAUGGGCAUCGAGGCCUGGAGCACACACCGGCAGCUGAGGAACCACCAGAAAGGCCUCUUCCUGCUGAACGGUCCCGCCUGGCGCAGUGACCGCCUGGCGCUGAACCCGGCGCUGCUGAGCCCGGCCGCCGGCCGCCACUUCGCCUGGCUGCUGGACGUGGUGGCACAGGACUUCGUCAGGGGGCUCCGGCGCCGCCUGGACCUCAGCCCCGGCGGAGCCCUCACCCUCGACCUCCACCCCCUCAUCUUCCGCUUCACGCUGGAAGCCAGCACCUACGCCCUGUACGGGGAGCGCCUGGGCUUACUGGGGGGGGGGCUCACGGCGGGGGGCGCCGAGAAGUUCCUGGCAGCGCUGGAAACGAUGCUGAGCACGACCCUGCCCCUGCUUUUUGUGCCCCCUCCCCUUCUACGGCGCAUUAACCCCCCCCUCUGGAGGGACCACCUGGCAGCCUGGGACGUCAUCUUCCAGCACGCUGACAACAGCAUCCAGAGAAUCUGCCGGGAGCUGGCGCAGAAGGGGGGGGAAGGGUUAAAACUGGGGGGGGGACAACCCCAAGAUCCUCUCCCUAAUACAUUUUGGGGUCGUCAGGGGGGGGCGAUUUUGGGGGGCGGGAAAGCGGGGGGGUUGUUGGGGGAGUUGCUGCUGCAGGGGCAGCUGCCGCUGGGCUCGGUCAAAGCCAACGUCACGGAAUUCACUGCGGGGGGGGUGGACACGACGGCGGUGCCGCUGCUUUUCACGCUGCUGGAGCUGGGGCGGAACCCGGGGGUGCAGCGCGAGCUGCGCGAGGAGCUGCUGGGGGGGCCCCAGAAAAAGGGGGUCCCGGGACCCCCCCCCAAGCCCCGGCCCCUCCCGGAGCUGCUGGGGGAGUUACCGCUGCUGAGAGCUGCCAUCAAGGAGACCCUGCGGCUGUACCCGGUGGGCAUCACUGUCCAGCGCUACCCGGCCACCGACGUGGUGCUGCACAACUACCACGUGCCAGCAGGGACCCUGUGCCAGGUGGCCCUUUAUGCCCUGGGCCGCAGCCCCGAGGUCUUCUCCAACCCCCAGCGCUACGACCCCAAGCGGUGGCUCCUGAAGGAGGCCAGCAGCAGCUUCAGGGCCUUGGCCUUCGGCUUCGGCGCCCGGCAGUGCAUCGGCCGGCGCCUGGCUGAGGUGGAGAUGAUGCUCUUCCUGGGGCACGUCUUGCGCAACUUCACGGUGGAGGCAGUGUCCCCCGAGGACAUUCCCACCGUCUUCCGCUUCAUCCUGAUGCCGGAGAAGCCUCCUCUGCUCACCCUGCGUGCCCUUGACUGA